AUGGCUGCUCCUCCUCAAGAGAGAGUGACCGUCUUCUUCUUCCAAGAGCUUACGGACAGCUCACAGUUACGGAUCUUCGAAGAUAUGCGCAAUGCGUUCCGGGAAAGAUGGGGUCAUCUUCUGACGGAAGAUGGACAGUGGUGGGGACGGGAAGUGGGGAAGCAUGAACGCGUGUGGAUGGUUGUCUUUUGGAAGGACGAGCAUGGUUGGGAGGCGGUCCUUUCUGAUCCAGCAUACCCGGUGUUUGAGAAGACCUUCUUUGGGAGCGUUGCGUUGCCAGAUUCUCUCAUUCACAACGUCCCGGUGCACAGCGCGAAGCCCUUGCGAGAAGUUCUUGAAGCGGGAGUGAAUUUUGCCGCCUACUGUCGGCUCAAACCGGACCAAACGGCUGAAUGGAUCCGAGUCACCGAGCGACUACUGACCGAACUGGACUAUCCUGGAUGGCAAGGUGGCGCCUACCUUUCCCCCGUCGACACGGGAGGCGAAGGUCUCUCCCUGGGAGCGUGGGAAAGCGUUGAAGCCAGCCAGCAGCUCUUUGCUGACGGCCGAUUCUCUGACCUGAUGGAUGCGACGAACGACGUAUUCGAUGGAGCCGCGCGCACAUUCAACUCUCUUGUGAAAUUUCAAAAGCAUCUUUCGUAG